AUGCAUCUGCCCAAGAAGUGUUCGGCCUUUCGCGUGGUCCUGGGUGCGCUGCUUCUGGUGGCGCUGCUCCAGCUCCUCUACCUGUCCUUCCUGUCAAAGUUCCACGGUAAGCAGCAGCGUUCCCGUUACUCGGAGCUCUUCCCGGGCUCCGGCCCAGGCGGCGGUGGCGCGGCUCACUCCUCCGAAAAGAACUCCCGUAAAGAGCGUCUGAGGUACUCCCUCUCUAGCGGAGGUAUUUUUGACCACAGCGGCCAGUACCGCGUCUACAAGAACCUAAUCCAAAGCGACUGGACGGGUCCCAACGUUCUGACAUUGGCCACCCACACGAGUCUGAGCAAUUUGCACCACCUGUCGGAUCUGGCGGAGAGGUGGCGCAACCCGAUUUCGGUGGCCGUCUUCGCGCACGGCCAGGACGUUCGCCUGGCCACGGCGCUGUUGUACGCGCUCGGCGUCCUGUGCCCUCGCGUCCAGGCCUUGGUGGACUUCCACCUGGUCUGCCUCUCGGGGGAAACGGCCAGCUUCCCCCAACAGGACCACCUGCACUUUGCCGGUCUGGACGACUGCGCAGCUGUCUUCUCCCGUCUGGAGGCCCACAGGAGCCGCUAUGAGAACUACGCCUUGGGCGUCAACGUCUCCUAUCCUAACAACCUCCUUCGCAACGUGGCCCGAGGGGGCACAGAGGCCUCCUACGUCCUGGUGAUUGACAUAGACACCGUGCCCUCUGCAGACCUGCACCAGCAGUUCUCGGCCAUGGUGGCCGGGCGCCAGCCUGCCCCGGACCGGGUUUUCGUCCUGCCGGCCUUCGAGAUCCGCCACACCAGGAAGAUGCCGGCCACCAAGGCCGAGCUUGUGCGGCUGUACCAGGUGGGUGAGGUGCGACCUUUCUACGAGGAGCUGUGUCCUCGCUGCCAGGCCCCCAGCAACUAUUCCCGCUGGGUCAACGGCCACGUGAGCGAGCCCCCCGGCGCCCUGGAGGUGGCCUACACGCUGACUUGGGUGGAUCCCUGGGAGCCGUUUUACAUCGGCCCGCGCGACGUGCCCCUCUAUGACGAGAACUUCAAGCAGUACGGCUUCAAUCGCAUCAGCCAGGCCUGCGAACUCCAUGUGGCCGGCUACGAGUUCUCCGUGCUGAGCUCGGCCUUCCUGGUCCACCGCGGCUUCAAGGUCCAGGGCGAGUUCCACGCCAAGAAGGACGAAGAGAACAAGCGCAACCGGCUCCUGUUUCGUAGCUUCAAAGAAGCUCUGAAGAGCAAAUAUCCAACAUCCAGCAGGCGAUGCUAG